AUGGAGAUGGCUUUCCAGGGCUUGUCCCAGCACCUGACCUACAUGGAUCCCAGCAUCAUCUUGAGCCACGAAGAUCCGCUGAUGUGGGAUCCGGACGGCCUGCACUUUUCUCAGAUCGGCUCUUACGUGCUCGGCAAGUCCUUGGCCAAGCUGGCCUUGGAGCUCUGUGACGGCGAUCCGGCCUCGCCUGCUCACACUCGGAGACGCGGCCUGAAGGCACCAGCUUGCCCCGUGUCUCGGCGGCAGCUGGCCUUGAAAUCGGCUUCGGCCCUGGAGGAGGUGAAACCUCCGACGAUUUUGUGUCAAAAGCAAAAGAGCUGCUCCAGUGCCGACUGCACUGAGAGCAACGACGCAGGUGUCCUUUAUCGACUUGUGUUCAGCUGCAUGUUGGGCAUCUUGCACGUCACCCGAUUCUCUGGUUUUCAGAAUUCUGUAGGAUCCUUUGCUCCGAACAUUGAAGCCAUGAGGCAUGUCACCGUGUUGGCUGUGGUGGGGCUCGGCUUGCUGGCCCAAUGUCGCGCUCACACGCACGACGACGGCACCACGCACUCCCACGACGGUGACUCCCACGAUGAUCACGACGACCAAAGCGACGCCGUGGCGGGGGCUGAAUUUGGAGGUAUCGGUGAGGCCAUGGGUGCAUCGCUUGUCACGAUGCUGCCGACAUUGCUGGGCAUCUUCGUGUUGAUGGGCGCGUGCAUCCAGAGGGCGGAGAAUUUUAAAGAGGUCUUCGAGGUGCCGGUGAAGAGCUUCGCUUCUGGCGUUGUAUUGGGGACGACUUCCUUUAUCCUUUUGCCGGAGGCCUUGCACUAUCUCGCUGUGGGGGUGACGGAGAAGGAGGCCACGACUAUGUGGGGCAUCGCUGUGAUCUCCGGCUGGCUGUUCGGCGCCGUGAUCGACCACAUCACCUCCCUGGCUUUUCCACCGAAAGUGGAGGAGAACCACGUAUCGCCGGUGAAGGAGGUCGAAAUGGCACCUGCAGCGGAGGAAGAUGUCAAGGCCGCAAAGCGGAACCGCCUGUCGAUUGCGGGGCCGAUCCUUCUUGGCGAUGGUUUGCACAACUUGACUGAUGGUUUCAUGCUAGGACUCACCUUCAGGACCUGCGACCGGAGCGUGGCCUGGGGGCUUGUGGUCCCGCUGAUCCUGCACGAGUUGCCACAGGAAAUCGCAGAUUUCAUCGUCCUGGUCACGGAAGCCAAGUUUCAUUGGGUUGUUGCCUUGAUCCUGAAUGUACUGUCGGGGGCGACGGCCUUGGUCGGAGCAAUGGUCGGCUUCGAGGUUGACAUGAGCAGUGCAGCAAAAGGGUGGUUCCUGGCUGCGGGCGGUGGCACCUUCCUGUACAUCGCAAUGACUGAGCUGGGACCUGCGGUUGCCCACAUCCACGAACAUGGUUCCGCCAGCACAAAGAGGAUAAGCCCAAUCGAGUCCAUAAAGCGACUGGUGCCCUUCAUUAUCGGGGUGGCCAUCAUGACUUGGGUUUACCAGGGUCACGAGCACGCCACGUGUUCAGCUAAUGGGCAGUUGGACGAGCAUGGCCACUCUCACUGA